AACAUGCCAGUGCAAAUGUUUUCUCAAUUAGUUAUCUUAUCUCCGGUGAGUGCACCAGCAUCAGAUGAAGCUUGCUGACAGCGUAAUGGCAGGCAAAACCACGGAAGGCUCCAUCAAAUGGCAGCUCUGCUACGACAUCUCAGCCAGGACUUGGUGGAUGGAUGAAUUCCAUCCUUUCAUCGAAGCUCUGCUGCCCCACGUGCGAGCGUUUGCCUACACAUGGUUCAACCUGCAGGCCCGCAAGAGAAAGUACUUCAAGAAGCACGAGAAGCGCAUGUCUAAGGAAGAGGAGCGCGCAGUGAAGGACGAGCUGCUCAGCGAGAAGCCCGAGGUCAAGCAGAAGUGGGCAUCGCGCCUUCUGGCCAAGCUCCGCAAGGACAUCCGGCCUGAGUUCCGGGAGGAUUUUGUGCUCACCGUCACCGGGAAGAAGCCCCCGUGCUGCGUGCUGUCCAACCCUGACCAGAAGGGUAAGAUGAGGAGGAUCGACUGCCUGCGUCAGGCAGACAAAGUCUGGAGGUUGGACCUGGUCAUGGUCAUUUUAUUCAAAGGUAUUCCCCUCGAAAGUACUGAUGGCGAAAGGCUGGUAAAGUCCCCACAGUGCUCGAACCCAGGGCUGUGUGUGCAGCCUCAUCACAUUGGAGUUUCUGUGAAGGAGCUCGACCUCUACUUGGCCUACUUUGUGCACGCAGAUGGCCAGUCAGACAGUCCCAACCAGCAGAGUGAGUCUGACAUCAAGGACCAGCCUGAGAACGGACAUCUUGGCUUCCAGGACAGCUUCGUCACAUCGGGGGUCUUCAGUGUUGCUGAACUCGUGCGAGUCUCACAGACCCCAAUCGCAGCGGGGACGGGUCCUAACUUCUCGCUGGCGGACUUGGACAGCUCCUCCUACUACAGCAUGAGCCCCGGGGCCAUGAGGCGACCCUUACCAAGCACCUCCUCCAGCAGCUCGGCCAAGAGGAUCAAGUGUAUGGAGGAUGAGGUGGACAGUCCAGGAGAGGAGUCCUACUACCCGGGCCAGGGUCGCUCCCCGGGCAGCGGCAGCCAGGCCAGCAGCUGGCACGAAGUGGAACCAGCUGGAUAUAAACUGCGUGGCUCGCUAGCUAGUUCGUUCAUCUCAAGACAAGGGAUGCCAUCGCCCACCACAUUAAAGAAGUCAGAGAAGUGUGGUUUCAGCAGCCCUGUCGUGCCUUCGCAGACCACCUCCUCCCCCCGAACGGCAUUCACACACCAUCAUCGGCCUGUCAUUACAGGACCUAGAGCGAGUCCCCACGCCACGCCGUCGAGCCUCCACUUCCCCACGUCGCCCAUCAUCCAGCAGCCCGGCUCCUACUUCUCCCACCCGGCCAUCCGUUACCACCCCCAGGAGAGCCUCAAGGAGUUUGUCCAACUUGUCUGCCCCGACUCUGGCCAGCAGGGAGGACAGGUGGGCUUCCUUAACAAGUAUGCAGAAAUACCAUGGGGGAAAUACUGUACAAGUGGUCGAAGAGAGAGCACUGCAGUGGAGCCCAACGGAAGCAGUCAGGGGAAGGUCCACAACCCAUUCCUGCCCACCCCCAUGCUGCCCCCUCCACCCCCCCCUAUGGCGCGGCCCGUACCCCUGCCUGUGCCAGACUCCAAACCACCAUCCACCUCCACCGAGGGAGGGGGUAACUCCCCCACCUCGCCAACCUACUCCACACCGAGCACGUCCCCAGCCCAGCGCUUCGUCAGUGUGGGCCCCCGAGACCCCAGCUUUGUAAAUAUCCCUCAGCAGCCCCAGUGGUACCUGGGAUAAGGACUCCAGACCCCCUCGCCGCCCGCUGGACAGAUCGCUGGACCCCUACUUUCUCCCCUGAGUGCGACCCGACCUGAACCGACCAACACCCCGCAAACGUGCCCACGUCUGACAGAGAGAAGCCCAACACCACGC